AUGCCGACCGGACACCCCCGGACUUUGUUCUUCGAUACAUUCGGGACCGUCGUGGAAUGGCGCUCGUGUAUCACCAAGGCGUUGAGCGCCGCAGCCCAGCAAGCCUUAAACAAUCCCCACAAGGAACUCGCCAUUGAUGUGCGAGACCGCGCGGCUGCUAUGAUCUCGGUAGACUGGCUCGCCUUGGCCGAAGACUGGCGACGGACCUACGGUGUGUUUACGAGUACAUUUGAUCCCAGCAAGGAUUUUGUGUCGGUCGACCAGCACCACUAUGCCGCUCUCCAAGACCUCUUGGAGCAGCGAGGCCUCCACGGCCUAUUCACCGACGAGGAGCGAUGGGCCCUCGCUCUAAGCUGGCAUCGGCUCGACCCGUGGCCCGACAGCGCCGCCGGACUUGAGCGGCUGAACCAGCGCUUCACGACCGCCACAUUGUCGAACGGCAAUGUGUCUCUGCUCCAGGAUCUCCAGCGCCAUGGGUCCCUGCCCUUCACGCAUCUGGUCAGUGCCGAGAAUUUCGGCGCAUACAAACCAUCACCUCGAGUGUAUCAUGGAGCCGCGGACAAGUUCGGCCUGGAGCCGGGUCAAUGUGCCCUGGUGGCUGCACAUCUCAAGGACCUGAAGGCAGCCAAGAGCUGCGGAUUCCAGACCGUCUAUGUGGAGCGGGAGUUGGAAGAGACGCUUCCUGCAGACCAGGUUGCGCAGGCCAGGAUAGAUGGCUCGGUUGAUAUGUGGGUUGGAUUGAACGAAGGGGGGUUCCCCGAGGUGGCUAGGCGGUUUGGAAUUGGACCACACUCUUAA